CAGAAGGAUGGAGGGCAGUGUUAUCAACGAUUGAGUAAGAAGAGAGGUGGUGCGUUGGUAGUUUCUGCCGAAGCGGGUGAUGCCAGUGGAGCAGAAGAUCCUAAUGGAAGUGGGAAGGGAGAUGGUGGAAAUGGCACGCCGAACAGUUCAGCGGAUAAAGGCAAGUCACUCGAAAUUAUGCGGAAAUUCUCGGAGCAGUAUGCAAAGCGAACCGGGACUUAUUUCUGUAUUGACAAGAGUGUGACAGCUGUUGUUAUCAAGGGCUUGGCAGAGCAUAAGGACCAGCUCGGGGCACCACUCUGCCCUUGCAGGCAUUAUGAUGACAAGAUGGCGGAAGCUGCACAGGGGUUUUGGAAUUGUCCGUGUGUGCCUAUGCGUGAACGGAAGGAAUGCCAUUGUAUGCUCUUUUUGACAGAAGAUGCGGACUUCGUUGGCGCUGACCAGUUGUUAGAUCCAUUUGAUUGCAAUGAUGAUGUCGAUGCCCACUUCGACAAUGACGACAAUGCUGUCGACAAUGCUGUCGACAAUGCUGUCGAUGAUGAUGAUGAUGAUGAUGAUGAUGAUGAUGAUGUAGUCAUCAGUGCAGGUAACAGCUGGUUGAAGACCACCCUGUUGGUUCGAGAUGGUUCGUGAGUGUUGCACGAGAGAUGGGUAUUUUCCUGUCGUCGCUGGCAGUCAAGCAUGCCGAAAUCAACUUCAUGAGAUCACCCUGUUGGUUGCUGUGUGAAAGAUUGGUGUUUUCCUGUCGUCGCCGCAGUCAACCACGCGUAAAACUAUGAGCACGUCGAAGUCAACUUCAUAAGACCAACCUUCAUACACAAAUGGUUAACAGGGACUCCCAUUUUCAGGCCCUGGGUAACGAGUCCAAAACUGAAAUUAGGGUUUUCGGGUCGUAUUUUAUGUUUUGAA